AUGGCCUCACACUUCGAAGCAAAUUCGUCAGGUACGGCUUCUGCGAGCAGAUCAUCAACUCCACCUUACAGAGACUUUCCUACGUAUGACGAGAAGAUGGAAGGCGCUAAAGUAAGCACGCGCGAAGUAAAACUUGCUGCGGUGUCAUCAGCAUACGAGAGAGAUCAGAGACUAGAUCCAGUAGCUGAUCUCAAGAGCAGGUUGUCGCAUUGGGGUAUGGGUCAAAGAUUUGAUACACUACAAUAACAAGUACUGAUAUUCGUCCUCUAGAUCCCAAUCUUCCCCAGGAUGAUCAUGAGCUUAAACGUGUAGAGACCUCGACGUUUGAUGAUGAUAUGAUUGCAACCAAGGAAAUUGAAGACUCUCCGUACCCAGAAGUCAGAGCAGCAGUACGAAAUUACGAUGAAGAUGUGCCCUGUAACACAAUUAGGGCCUGGACUAUUGGUCUUUCUCUGGUAUUCUUGGGGGCUUCAAUGAAUACUUUGUUCUCUCUUCGAGCACCAUCAAUUGGCCUCGGUGCUUUAGUUGCUCAGAUCAUUGCGUGGCCAAUUGGACACGGGCAUGUUACUACUUUCCUAGAAUGUUAUCAACGACUAACGCUGGGCACAGUUGGGCAAAAGUCAUGCCUACGAAACAAUUCAUCACUUUUGGGAUCAAAUGGUCACUAAACCCAGGUCCUUUCAAUAUCAAGGAACACUCAAUUAUCGUCGUUAUGGCAGGUGUCAGUUUCGGAGCGGCGUAUGCUACCGAUAUCAUUCUCGCUCAACUUGCUUUCUACAAGCAGGAUUUUGGUCUUCUUUUCCAGCUCAUGCUGACCGUGUCCACUCAGUCUGUGGGUUACGGUAUUGCGGGAAUAUUGCGUCCAUAUCUUGUGUAAGCUCAUUACUAGAAAUACCCCAAUUAUUGGUACCGUGAGAAGCUAACAUAUUCAGUUAUCCUGCGGCAAUGAUAUGGCCAGGAAAUCUGGUAGCCGUGACACUAAUGAAUGCGAUGUAUGAAAAGGAAACAAAGCCAGAUCCCACCGUCUUUGGAGGCAGAAUUCCACGUUAUAGAUGGUUUGGCUAUAUCUGUCUUGCAUCUUUUGUUUACUAUUUCAUUCCUGGAUUCCUCGCUCAAUUUCUGAGCGUCUUCGCCUUUGCCACAUGGGCUGCGCCUGACAAUGUCAUUGUCAACCAAUUGUUUGGAGGAUCGACUGGGCUAUCACUCUUGCCAAUUACAUUUGAUUGGACUCAGAUUUCCGUAAGUUGCUUGUUUAUUAUACACUCCAUCCUGUGUUUCAGUCGAUUCUUCCUGCAAAGUUCCUAAUCACUUCACUCUUGAAGAUAAAAAGUAAAUACUGACAACUUGAAGGGAUUUGUGGGCUCCCCUCUCAUUCCACCGUGGUUCGCAAUUGCAAAUACUUUGAUCGGUGUCGUCACGUUUUUUCUCAUCGGGGCUACCGCUUUGCAUUACACGAAUACAUGGAGCGCCAAAUACCUCCCCAUGAGCGAUAGUGGUACUUACGACAACACUGGAAUGCCUUAUAACGUCAGCAGAAUCUUGAACAAAGAUUUCACCUUGAACGUAGAGGCAUAUGAAGCAUACUCUCCACUUUUCAUUUCAACGACUUUUGCACUGGCAUACGGACUUUCAUUCGCUGCUAUUGCAUCGCUCAUUGUUUACACUUACCUACAUCAUGGUAAACAGAUCUGGAGACAGUUCCGCAAUAGUAAAGCAGAAGAAGCCGAUAUUCAUAUGAAGAUGAUGAUGAAGUACAAAGAAGCUCCGACUUGGUGGUAUUUGAGUUUGUUUGUUAUCAUGGUUAUUUUGAGUCUUGUGACUGUGUUGACAUUCGAUACCAAGCUUACAUGGUGGGCAUUUGCGCUCGCUAUGCUUAUUUCCUUCGGAUUUGCACUCCCAAUUGGAAUCAUUCAGGCAAUUACCAACACCCAGAUCGGUCUCAAUGUCUUGACCGAAUUCAUCUAUGGAUAUAUUCAGCCAGGUCGUCCACUCGCUCUUAUGAUUUUCAAAACAUAUGGUUACAUUGCAAUGUAAGGCCAAGCACUCGGUUUCAUCCUUUUUGCUCCUGCUGACAUCAAAUUAGGUCCCAGGCUCUGAGUUUUACUGGCGACUUGAAAUUUGGUCAUUACAUGAAAGUGAGUAGCACUUUUCAACUUUACCUGAUGUUCUUUUCCGCUUUUCCGAAACAACUCUCUAAUCUUGGAAAUAGAUCCCCCCUCGAACAAUGUUCAUGUGCCAAGUCGUUGCCACGACCCUCUCAUGCUUCAUCCAGGUUGGUGUUCUAAACUUUGCUCUUACAAACAUCAAAGAUGUUUGCACGCCACAUCAGGAACAACAUUUCAGUUGCCCAGGUGGAAGGGUGUUUUUCUCCGGUUUGUUCCUCUGCAUUUCUCAAAAAGGAUCUCAUAAAACUAACUCGCUAAAGCGUCCGUCAUCUGGGGAUUGAUCGGUCCCGCUCGGAUGUUCUCUCCAGGCCAGAUCUACUCCGGUCUAUUCUGGUUCUUUGGGCUCGGCACCAUCACACCAAUAAUCUUCUACUUCGCAGCCAAGAAGUGGCCUGCCUCACCAAUCAAAUACCUCAUGGCACCACUGUUCUUUGGAGGUGCCGCAGCAAUUCCUCCCGCCACCCCAUUGAACUACCUCUCAUGGGGUGUCGUCGGAUUUAUCUUCCAAAAGGUCAUCAGACAGAGGUACUUUGGCUGGUGGUCAAGAUUGAACUACUUGACGAGCAGUGGUCUCGAUUUGGGUCUCGCUUUGAGCACACUUUUGAUAUUCUUCGCUUUCACCAUGAAUAAUAUCGAGGCUCCAAAGUGGUGGGGAAAUGAUGUUGUAGGUACGACGCUGGAUGCGCAGGGUAAGGCUAUUCAAGCUGUUAUUCCUAAGGGAGAGUACUUUGGACCUAGGACAUGGAGGUAG